AUGCCGAACGCUCGUGUGCUCGCGUGGGGCUACAAUGCGAAUGCCAUUGCCUUGAAAGAUAAAAGCACUUCAUCGAAUCGGAUCCUCCAGCAUGCGCAGACACUCGUCGCUCAAUUAGCUGCGGACCGUGAGGCAUUAGCCUAUGCUGAAUCUCACAAGUCCUACAACCUAGCCCAUAUAUACCGCAUCUUUACAUCAACAUACGGUCUCAUCUUUUUCGGCACCCCCCACAACGGUGCCAGCAAAGCACAUCUGCUCUCUUUUCUGGAGAAAAUGACAGCUUUAACGGUCCCGAAGAGAUUUUUACAGACUGACUCGGCGUUGGUUCGCGCUCUUCGGGAAGAUUCAGAGACGUUGCAAAAUAUCACUGAUCAAUUUGUUCCGAUAAUGGGACGCUUUCGGAUGAUGUUUCUUUGGGAGCAGGAACGAACGGAUCUAAAGUACACAAGAGAAUACAUUGUUGAGGAAACGAGUGCUGCGCCCAUGCUCAGCGGCGAUAUUGAGAGAUCAGGCAUUGCGUCUGAUCACCAAGGAAUGUGCAAAUUCGUAAAUAAAGAAGAUCAAGGUUUCAGGGUCGUAAUUGCAGUCCUGAAAAGGUAUAUGAGCGAUUCGCCAACUGCAAUAGAAACGAGGCAUCAAAAGGCCGAACAGUCGACCAAACAAAGCAGAUUUGAGGAAGCAAGCGAGUUGAUCAGAGGUUUGUGA